CAGCUGGAGUAGGGAAUCUCAAGCCAAGGUAGGAAAAAUUUAAGAGCCAGAGAAAACAUCCCUUCUCUGAGGAGACAGCAGAGAUGGGGAGUGGCAUCAGUGCUGAGGACAAAGAACUUGCCAAGAGGUCCAGGGAGCUGGAGAAGAAGCUGCAGGAGGAUGCUGACAAGGAAGCCAAGACUGUCAAGCUGCUGCUGCUUGGUGCGGGAGAGUCAGGGAAGAGCACUAUCGUCAAACAGAUGAAGAUCAUUCACCAGGAUGGCUACUCACCCGAAGAAUGCCUAGAGUUCAAAUCUGUCAUCUAUGGGAACGUGUUGCAGUCCAUCCUGGCUAUCAUCAGAGCCAUGUCCACACUAGGCAUUGACUAUGCAGAACCAAGUUGUGCGGAUGCCGGGAGACAGCUCAACAACCUGGCUGACUCCACCGAGGAGGGGACCAUGCCUCCGGAGCUGGUGGAGGUCAUCAGGAAGUUGUGGAAGGACGGUGGAGUUCAAGCCUGCUUUGACAGAGCUGCAGAGUUCCAGCUCAAUGACUCGGCAUCUUACUACCUGAACCAGCUGGACCGGAUUACAGACCCUGACUACCUCCCUAGUGAGCAAGAUGUGCUUCGAUCCAGAGUCAAGACAACAGGCAUCAUCGAGACCAAGUUUUCUGUUAAAGAUUUGAAUUUCAGGAUGUUUGAUGUGGGAGGACAGAGAUCGGAGAGGAAGAAAUGGAUCCACUGCUUUGAGGGCGUCACCUGCAUCAUUUUCUGUGCGGCUCUCAGUGCCUACGACAUGGUGCUGGUGGAGGAUGACGAAGUGAAUCGCAUGCAUGAGUCCUUGCAUCUGUUCAACAGUAUCUGUAACCACAAGUUCUUUGCGGCUACGUCCAUUGUUCUCUUUCUCAACAAGAAGGACCUCUUCGAGGAAAAAAUUAAGAAAGUCCACCUCAGUAUCUGUUUUCCAGAGUAUGAUGGAAACAACUCCUAUGAGGAUGCUGGGAAUUAUAUCAAGAGUCAGUUCCUUGACCUCAACAUGAGAAAAGAUGUCAAAGAAAUCUACAGUCACAUGACCUGUGCUACGGACACACAGAACGUCAAAUUUGUGUUCGAUGCAGUCACAGACAUUAUCAUCAAAGAAAACCUCAAGGACUGUGGGCUCUUUUAAUGUACAGCUCCUCGAAUAUACAUUCUAUAAGCAAGCUUAGAACCUGAGGCUUCACGCAGAAACUUAGUCAACCUGUACCA